AAGUGACUCACGGCACCCUUUUUAAAUACAGCGCCAAUUGCUGGCUUCACUAUCUUAAUCUCCCCAGCUUCUUCUUCAUCUCUCUCCAUCUUCUAUCCCUCCUUUCAACCUUAUCCUUCUCUGUCGUUAUUUCCCCCUCCUUCUUCUCCCCCACUACCCCUCCUUCUCUCGCCCGCUCUCCACCACCACUGACGCCAAUCACUAUGCCCAUGCUUAAAGAUCCUUCCAAGAAAUACAGGCCGUUCAAGCCUAUUCAUCUACCCAACCGCCAAUGGCCCGAUAAGGUUAUCGACAAGCCUCCUCGGUGGCUGGCCACUGACCUGAGAGAUGGCAACCAGAGUCUGCCAGAUCCUAUGGAUGGAGAACAAAAGCUCCGCUUCUUCAAGAUGCUUGUCGAUAUUGGAUACAAGGAAAUCGAAGUAUCCUUCCCCUCUGCCUCCCAAACCGACUUCGAUUUCACCCGUCGCCUGGUCGAGACCCCCGGCUUGGUCCCCGACGAUGUCUGGCUCCAGGUUCUCUCCCCCUGUCGUGAAGACUUGAUCCGUCGCACCGUAGACUCCCUCAAGGGCGCAAAGAAGGCCAUCCUGCACAUCUACCUGGCUACUAGCCCGUGUUUCCGCCGAAUCAUAUUCGGAAUGGAUAAGGAAAAAAGUUUGGAGAUGGCUGUCCGUUGCACUAAAUACGCACGUUCAAUCACCAAGGACGACCCCUCCACCGCAGGCACCGAAUGGCACUUCGAGUUCUCCCCCGAGACCUUCUCCGACACUGAGCCAGAAUUCGCUGCCAAGGUCUGCGAGGCCGUCAAGGCCGCCUGGGAACCCACCGAGAAAGACCCCAUUAUUUUCAACCUCCCGGCCACAGUAGAAAUGACCACACCCAAUGUUUUCGCUGAUCAGAUCGAGUAUUUCUGCCGCCACGUCUCGGAGCGCGAGAAGUAUGUGGUUUCCGUUCAUCCUCACAACGACCGUGGCUGUGCUAUCGCCGCCGCCGAAUUAGCCCAAAUGGCCGGUGCCCAGCGGGUGGAAGGCACUCUGUUCGGUAACGGUGAAAGAACCGGUAAUGUCGAUCUCGUUGCCCUGGCACUCAACCUCUACACUCAGGGUAUCUCCCCCAAGGUCGAUUUCUCCGACAUAAAUGCCGUCAUCAAGGUCGUAGAGGAGAGCAACAAAAUCCCUGUCAACGAACGAUGGCCCUAUGGCGGUCAGCUGGUUGUCUGCGCAUUCAGCGGCAGUCACCAGGAUGCCAUCAAGAAGGGCUUCAAGCUCCGCGAGGAUGCUGGUGCCACCGAUGACGACAAAUGGGAAAUUCCUUACCUUCCCCUGGAUCCUCAGGACAUCGGAAGAACCUACGAAGCCGUUAUUCGGGUCAACUCCCAGAGUGGCAAGGGUGGUGCUGCCUGGAUCAUUCUGCGCAGUUUGGAGCUGGAUCUCCCGCGCGCCCUCCAGGUCGAGUUCAGCAGGAUCGUUCAGAAGCAAACGGAAGAGGUCAACCGCGAGCUACGCCCCAGCGAGAUUGUGACCCUCUUCGAAGAAGCCUACCACCUCAAGUCCAACCCCCGCUUCAACUUGGUCGACUACAACAUCACUACCGACCGCUCCACAUCCCCUGCUCCUCCUGAGCCCGGAAAGGCUCUCAACACCAAGAACCUCAAGCGUCGCUUCACUGGUAUUGUCGAAAUCGACGGAUUGCAGCACGCCAUCACCGGUGUCGGUCCCGGUGCGAUCUCCUCCCUGGCGCACGCCCUGGCCACCCUGGGCAUCGACCUCGAUGUUGUCGACUACAAGGAACACUCCAUCGGUCUGGGAAGAGAUGUCAAGGCCGCCACAUAUAUCCAGUGUACUGCCACGGGCAGCAAGGAACAGGUCUGGGGUGUUGGUAUCCACCAGGAUGUUGUCCAAGCCAGUUUGAUUGCCCUCCUGAGCGCUGCUAGCUCUUUCCUUACCAGCCGCGCUGGCUCCCCCGCCCCUUUCCGUCCUCUGCGCUCCAACACCCUGACAGACGAAGACCUUAGAGCACUGGAAAAUCUCGACGGUUUCAAUCAGGCAGUAGUCGCUGCUAAAGGCGCCAAUGGCAAUCCCGGAACCCAACCAGUAGUAGACCUGGAUGCCCUGACACAAAAGGCCGCUGCUAGCCAAUAAAUGAUCCAAAAACCCACUGCUAAAAAGUAUCAUUUAACAACCUACGUCUUCUCGCAUUUUCGGCCAUAUUUUCUUUUCUUACCCCCCAUUUUCCUCGACCUUUUUUUUUUUUUAAA